UCAAGAAAUGAAACCUCAAGGAGCCAUGAAAGAUUUCGAAUCCCUUCUUUGUCUCUGCAAUAUCAAAACGACAACAUUAUUCAAACUCAUAAUUUCCUUCAUUAUUUUCCUUUCAUUUUCAUAUGUUUUUAACUCAAUAAAUCUCACGUCUUUUAGCAUUCAAUCCCUAGAGAAAUCACUGAGAAACUCGAGUUCCAUCUUCGUUCAAAACCCUGCAGAAAAAAGCGCCGGAAAUUUCCAGACUUACCCUAUAAAACCCCAAGAGAAGACACAACUCCGUCACAUUGUUUUUGGCAUUGCAUCUUCAUCAAAACUAUGGAAACACAGGAAGGAAUAUAUCAAACUAUGGUGGAAACCAGAGGAAAUGCGCGGGUUCGUAUGGCUAGAUAAGCCUGUAAAACGAAGCACAGACGAUAAGCAAUGCCUUCCUUCAGUGAAAAUAUCGAGUAGUACAUCGAAAUUCAAGUACAAAAACUCAAUCGGUGAUCGGUCCGCGAUAAGAAUGUCUCGAAUAGUAUCAGAAACAGUGAGACAAGGGUUGGAUGAUGUUAGGUGGAUUGUUUUGGGGGAUGAUGAUACGUUUUUCUUUGCUGAGAAUUUGGUUAGGGUUUUGUCAAAAUAUGAUCAUAACCAGUUUUAUUAUAUUGGAAAAUCAUCUGAAACUCAUAGGCAGAAUAUACAUUUUUCUUAUAAUAUGGCUUAUGGGGGUGCUGGUUUUGCCAUUAGUUAUCCAUUGGCAAAAACCCUAGAAAAAAUGCAAGAUAGGUGUUUACACAGAUACCCUAAAUUGUACGGCUUAGAUGAUAGAAUUCAAGCUUGCAUGGCUGAACUUGGAGUUCCACUCACGGUAGAAAUGGGAUUUCAUCAGCUGGAUAUUUAUGGCGAUGCCUUUGGGCUCUUGGCGGCCCACCCAAUUGCGCCACUACUCUCGCUCCACCAUCUCGAUGUGAUCGAGCCCAUUUUCCCCAACACGGGCCGGAUCCAAUCCCUUCGACGUCUCAAAAUGCCGAUGAAGCUCGACUCGGCUGGGCUCAUGCAACAGUCCAUUUGCUACGACAGUGUCAAAAACUGGACUAUAUCUGUGUCAUGGGGCUAUGCAACCCAAAUUUUUCGGGGCAUAGUUCCGGCCCGCGAAAUGGAAAUUCCUUUAAGAACCUUUGCCAAUUGGUAUAGAAUGCAUAAUGAGGUUGGCUUCUCAAUGAAAACUAGACCUCUUAGCACAAAUGCAUGUCGAAGGCCAUUUGUGUACUUACUGUCCAAUGCCAUAUAUAAUCGGGCAACAAAUCGAACGGCGAGCGAAUAUGUUAAGAUUCAAAAUCGAAACUCAGAAUGCAACUGGAAGGAGACAGCCAAUCCUUCUCAUGUUUGGAGAGUGGAAGUAUACAAAAUGCGUGAACCCAAUUUAUGGGACAAGCCUCCUAGGAGAAACUGCUGCAGAGUGUUGCCAUCAACAAAGGAAGGAACAAUUGCAGUUGAAGUCGGUGAAUGCAGAGAAGGAGAAAUUAUUGAAUUGUAGAUAAAGAG